UCAAUUUGUACUCAUCAUUCUCUUGCCCACCAAUUCUGUUGUGAAGUCUGGCCAGAAGUUAUGAAGAUCUUCAACUGGGUUCAUAAGAGGUUUCAUCACAAGGUCCCUAAAGAUGGGGUUGCCGGAAAUGGGGACAAUACUGAACCGGAAGGUAAUACCGAUAAGGACACACAAGCAUUUCUGAGUCAAGUAUCCCUUGUAGAUGGGAUCGAUCAUGGAUGGAGAGAUGGCAUUUUAACAAUUGGCACCUUUGGUUUCGACCCCCUAAAAUCCUUCAACAACCAAAGUGACUACACGGUUUUGGAGAGCGAGGAGGAUGGUAAGGAAAGCCAAGAACUUACACAUGGUGGUGAUGAUUGUGACAAUGAUGAAGAUACUGAUAAUGUCUGUGAAGAACUGAACCCUUUGAUGUUUACAACAUUUGGACACAGUUUUGAGGAUAUGGGGUCGAACUCUGAUGCCAUUGUUGCGGAACCGGAUGUGAUUUCUCUCACUCCAUUUGAGGGGUUUAAUGAAAUCAUUGCUGAACCUGAUCAUGAUUCUGAGACUGAUCAUAUGAAGAGCAAAGGUGAGAGGAUAACACUCGCUGAUUUAUUCAUGGCCGAUGGUCAUGAUUUUCAGUCGCAGCUUGACUCUCGCAAGGUCCAACCAGAGUUGAAGAAAAUGAGCACUACUCGAACAAGGAAUGGUGGCCUGGGAUUUGCCAAGAAGCUCAUUCCUCGUGUCAAAGAGGAGUCAACUCCAAUCAAGAAUGUGCAACGACUGAUGAGGAGGAUGUUGAAGAGGAAGAUCCAUCCAGCAGACCUUGAUGUCAAGAAGCCUACUACUGCGGUCGAACUCAUCAGUACCAAUGUGGAAACUGAUGCUUCUGAAUCUGUUUCUUUGCUUCCAAUUCAAGGUGCUACUUCUGUGCGUUGAAUAAAGCCCUAGCCUUCUGCAGGUUUCCUGGGAAUUAUUGUACUUUUAUGUUUGCUAGCUAUUAAAUAACUAUUUCAAAGACAAUGUUAAAUAGGAUUUUCAAAGUAUAUGAAGUGUUGGACC